UUACAUAGGCCUAGAAUACUAGCAAUUGCUCGCUGUCACAUCACAAUGGUGUAGGGUCUGGCUUCUAGAUGUUUCAACGGGCUGUUGGGGAAGGCUGCUUCCCUGUUACUCUUGUCCUCCGAUCCUUGAAAGAAAUCUCUAUCCCUGCAUUUGGAAAAAGUUCGACAUUUUACUUCGGUGUCCAGGGCGGUGGAUUUAUGUCAUUGGGAGCGGUGCUGGAUUUGGAUGGGCGGGUAUGUCGGGAUUGACUGCUCGCCCAGGCUGCACUCUGAUGGACAUGGAAUGCCAGCGGCGAUGGUGACACCCAGCACCGUCCGAGAGCCAAGGACCAAGCUUUUCCAGCGGUUCGCAUCGACAGUCUCAAUAUUGUUACUGGGCCGAGAUGCGUGGAAUUGAAGGCGACCAUCCGACCCAAAAAUCCCAACCAUCGUAUGGCACUUCGUGCAAGCCACGGAAUUUCAUGGCGAUAAUAGAAUAAAUAUUGUCGAAAUCCUCAAAAUAACCCGCUAUGAGCCAGUUUCUUGAUGGUCUUUGGUCUCCUCCUGCUGAAUCAUGCAAAUUUAGAUGAACCCUUCCUGAUUCCGGGCCGUGGACUCGGACCCAGACAUGGACCUUCACUUCUCGAUGCCAGGUUUGGAAUGUCUUCUACAGAGUUUGAAUUGUAGCAAGGGCCUUUGUAUCCAGCGGCAAAAUGUUCCUCUCGAUUCCACCGACCUGCCUACGCUGCUAGGCGAUGAAGGUCAUUGGGACGUGUUUCAGGCCCUUGGAAUGUCCACAAAUUUUGUUUCUAACGUACACCAUAUUUGUUGUGCCUUGCCCUCCGUGCACACAGCAGCUGAUCUCUUGGUGAUCCAACUCAGCUUUGCCUGGAGAUCAAACGGCGGGCCGUUAAAAAAUGGCUGAAAAUAUUGGCUUGGAUCUCCCACACGAUUAAAAACCUUUGGCAGUAGAUUUCGAGAGAUCUUGUUCCAUGGUCACAUUAAGCACCAAGUCCAAGCUUCUCACGUGACUUUGUCCUUAUUUUGACAGUUUUCAAUUCCAGUACGCUCAACAUCUGAAGUCGAACAUUCGCUGGGUCUGGUCUCGUUGGUUGUUGCACUUGCCCGUCCAGUGAUUUCCGUAUGGUCCGGCAGGCCCAAGAUUUUGUUUUUGCCAAGGAGUAGUAGAAUCGGUUUAAGGCGUGAGGCAUAAGGCGGGAUUUGAGGGGAGGAAAAGAUUUGUGUACCUCUUUUGAAAAGCCGUCUCAUGCUUGACGUUAACGCGGUGGCGAAAGAUCCCUUUUCCCGAGGGUUUAGGGAACUAUACAUCACCACCUGCGCACAUUUCGUUUCUCCUCUGUAGGGCAGAAAAGAUAAAUAUGUUCGAAUGAUGAGCGUCAUGCUAUGGUAGGAUCUUCCAGAUCACUGUUGCCUGAGCGAGGGUAGGUUCAUGCGAAACAUCAUGCAAUUCGGAUACGUGAAGGAAACUAAACAACUGGUUACGGAUCUCGAAGUUCGUUUCGGCCGAACCAGGUGAAGAGACUUAUAGCACUGCUUUCAUGUUGUCAGCGUGGAAUGCUAAAUCCGGGUUUGUUUUUCGAGGUUCACAUCAGGAGAAGGUUUUCUUCGCUUAUUCAAACGGCAGCGACGGCAUGAGUGUGGGGUUCGGUUGAGAGCCGUGCUGCAGAUGCUGUACACACUCAUCGAAACGUCAUAAUUCGUUACAUCAACCUAACCUUUCGUUGCUACCUGCCGCCCUCACAGCAUUCAUCUCCAACGGCCUGUCUUCGCGUGAACAAGAGCGCCAUCCCUAGAGAGCAGAACGGGGACCAGGAGACAGAACCGAGACGGAAGAGAAAGAAUGUCUUACAAUGGAAAAAGAACUUGUCUGUGUGCAGGCCAUGCCAUGCCAUGCCGUGCAGAUGUGAUCAGAUCCAUGUUGGGGAUUCGGGAGGACCCUCUUUGCCUGAAUUCGGGAAGUACUGCUGGCCUCGCGCACUCUCUCUCUCCUCUCGAGGGCUGAAUACUCUCGCGGAUUGACAACUGGCAUUCGAGCAGAUGAGCAAGAGCAUGAGUAAGCUCUGUUCAGUACGCUGUCUUGGAAGGUGCCGUUCCAGCGAGAGAGUGGGAGAAUGCAGGAAGUUAGGGUGGGUGCAGUAAUCCUCACUGCAUCCACCAUUUCGGGAUUGGAAGCGAAUCAAUCGAGUGAUUGAUUGACUGACUAGUCGAAGCCGAGCCCCGAGUGUAGAUUUUGAAGACGAGCAGAAGAGAAGGCCGUCAUGAUGGACGAUGGGCAGUUUAUUCACCCUUGUCACUGCACUGAGAUCACCGCCGAUGAGUACCGGCGAGUGGCGGGGAUGAAACCUCGCAACGACAGGGUCGAAAAAUUCAUGAGAAAGAAAGAAGAGCUGAAGGCAUUGUCCGACGAGAGAAUAAAAAAGUGGCCUAAUACACUGAAGAACUUAAGGGAAAUUCGGAUAAAGAACGUGAAGAAAAGGCUUGAGAAAGAGGAGGAAGAAAAGAGAAAGCAGGAUGUCAUAGAUGCAGCAUUCAGGGCUCAGAGGAGGAGGGAGCAGCUCGAGAAGUCCAAUUUGCAGCUCUUGAAGCCGCACAUCAAGGAGCUCCACUUCAAAGCAUUGAUGGAGGAGAUAAUGAAAGAGAGAGAGAAGCAAAUAAUAUACAAGCGCAAGAUGGACGAGGCUUGGAAGCAGAAAGAUAAGUGGUGGCACGAACUGCUGAUGAGAGACUGGAAAAAGGGGACAACUGAGGAUGACCGUGACGAACAGUUGCGCAGGGAUAAGUGUUUGGAGGUUCAAAGAGAUCAAGCGAAACAGCUGGCACAUCGACGUCUUAUAAUCCAGAAAGAGAAAGAUGCAAAGAAAGCAGAGGGUGAACGUCUGAAGAAGCGUGCUGCAGACGAUCUUGCGGCUGCAGAGGAGGAGGCAAGGCUGAAAGAAAUAAGGCGCAUCGAACAGAACAAAGAAUUCCAAGCUCUGAACGUAGCCUUAAAUGCUGCGAGAGCAGCAGAGAAAGCGAAAUUGAAACAACUGGACGUACAGAUAGCAGAGUACGUUGCCAACAAGGAAAGAAGAGAUGCAGCGUACAAGGCGGAGCGAGACAGAAUACAAGCUGAGAAGAACAAACAUAGAGACAACAUGAUAGCUAAACUUGCAGCGGACUUGCUGGCUGCGAGGGUCGACUCUGAGACACGCUUGGCCACAGCCGAGCAGGAGCAAAGAAUCGCCGAAGAUAUGCGAGAGCAAAUUUUCGCUGCAAGGAGGAAACAUAAUUGGGAUAUAUGUGACCGAUCUCGUCAGCAACAGAUCAAGCUCAAGAAGAUGCAUGAUGACAUGGAGGCACAAGAUGCAAAGGAAAAGGCUGCACAAGUAUGGCAGCGCGUUCUCGAAGUCCAGGAGAUGGAUGAAGCUGAAUUCGCGGCUACUUUGCAAAAUAAUAAAACUCUAGCUGGCUCUCAGAGAAAAACCGCUGAGGACAAGAAAGCAGCGGCUAAAGCAGAGAAGCAAUACCAGAUUGACGAGUUCCAGACAAAUUGGAAGAAAAUGGCUGAAGACGAUGAAUAUAUAAGGAACAUAAAAAUCCAAUAAAGUGAUCAAAACUUCAUAACGAGUGCUCGUUCUCAACACUCGUACGACCUCGGAGCUCGAACGAGUUCAGCUGUCUGCAAAGUCUAGAAAAUUCACAACACAAUUCUGUAACAUACAGGAAUGUUUAAGAGGUACAUGCUUAAGUCACCCCACUGUCUGUCUGGCGUUUCACGCAGCUCCACCUGGCUCGGAAUUGUGUCAAAUUUGGACGAAUCAGUUCACCAAAGAUGGUCUCGACCACACAUUGUGCAGAUGGUGACAGUGUUGUGACCAUAAACUAACGACCAUAAACCCAGUGAAACGCCUCACAGGACAAUUUACAAACCUUUCUCACCGAAGAAUUGACUGAAGGUCUAGCGUAUGGGCCUCGACAUUUGACAACAAUUUUGCAAAGAAGAUUCCUCAAUUCUUAUGAGUUCCUCAGCUCGCUAUUGUUGUUGUUGGCAAGCGAUUUCCCAUCCAUCUACCUGAACCUGUGGGGUUUAAUCCCUAUUUUGGCUUGAUGGGGUCUUCCCGUCAUUUUUGCUAAUUUCUCACCAGGUUCCCUCGAGCAUAAAUUCUACCGUCGGAUUGGACAGUCGGAUGAACUAUAACUCAACAGCGCCAGAAGUUGGGUAUGCCCAUGAUCGUGUCUUUUGAAGGGUGCAAAGCAAUAGCAGAUCGUACUACAGAUUUACAUCUCAGUUUUUGUGCUCCUGUUGAUUCAAGUGUAAAACCAUUAUACGCCAUCGUUCACUUGAUACUCCGUUAGUUGGAGAUGUUUGGUCACCCCUUUUUGCAACGCUCAUUAUAAAUUUUAAGCCUCUCA